AUGGGAUUUUCUCGUAGUAUAAAAGCACUGUCGAGAAGUAUUGUCGCCGAACCCCGCGACAUCAUCCCCGAUCCCAACCGACGACUCUCAGAUCUUCUCGCCGUCACAAGUGCGGAAGAGGAUCUCUCAUCUGUGACUCAGGAAGGCUCCAGGACCGGUAGCAUCACCCACCAGGCACUGCGUCAUCUGACCAUGAGGUGGAUAGUCGCGCUGGCGCGCUUCUUCACGGGGAUUCGUCGGUUCGUAAACUUCCCCAGGACACGGAAAGAGGGCAAGGUGCAAGGUGAUCCUACUAUCGAAGCCCGGGAAGGACUCGACCCCCGAGUGCCGAAAGUUCAAAUUCCGCGGCGAGCACAGCACGAUGCUGCAGCUGUCAAAGGUGCUCUACACUGCAGCGGCGACCGUAACAAAAAGGAUGAUGCUGAAGUGAUGUGA